AUGAUAAAAGAAAAACUUCAACAUAGAAAAUUACUCGUCAUAAUCGACGACGUAGAUAAAGUGGAGCAACUAGAGGCAUUAGCUAGAAGCCAUGAUUGGUUCGGUCCAGGAAGUAGAAUUGAUAUAACAAGAGAUGAGCAGUUGCUAAAACCUUGUGUCGAUGAUAUAUAUGUCGCUGAAGAAAUGGAUGAAGAAGAAGCUCUAGAGCUCUUUAUUUGGCAUGCCUUUAAAGGAUGUCAUGUUAACGAAGAAUAUGUUGAGCUCUCAAGAAGAGUAGUUUCUUACUGUAGAGGUUUGCCACUAGCGCUAAAAGUUUUGGUCUCUUCGUUGGCCACACAAAGCAAGGAAGUGUGGGAAAGCCAAUUGGAUAAAUUGAAUACAAUUCCUCCUGAAGAUGUUGUAAACAAGAUGUUUACCAAGUUGAAAUUCAUUAAUCUCAGUCAUUCCCAUGACCUAGCCAAAUCUCCAGACUUUUCAAAACUCCCAAAUCUCGAGGAACUGAUAUUGGAAGACUGUAAAAGUUUGCCUGAGGUUCAAUCUUCCAUUGGGGAUCUUCAAAGACUUACUUUGGUAAAUCUUGAAGACUGCGAAAUGCUGACGCAUCUCCCACUCAAUUUCUAUAAUUCCAAGUCCAUUAAAACUCUUCUACUUAAUGGUUGUUCAAGAUUUCAAAACUUGGCUGAUGGCUUAGGGGACAUGGUAUAA